CAUUCCUUGAAAAAUAAAAUAUAAUGAUGGAAACUUGAAAGCCAAGGCAAACCAAUACGUCCCUUCUCCCUAUAUAUCAUUACAUCGACAACCCAACUCUCCACACACUUUUCUUUUAACUCCUCUUCUCUUCUCUACUCCUACAGCAUUCUAUACUCUGCAAUUUAACAGAAAGAGGGGAUGGAGUCUUCAAGCAUAAUUACAUUUCUGUCAAUUGUCGUAGGGAUUGCAUUGUUGGGCAUGCCAUGUCAUGCAACGCAGUACACAGUGGGAGACUCAGCUGGGUGGGAUGCCAGCACCGAUUUCAACACAUGGCUGCAAGGAAAAACAUUCAAAGUCGGCGACAGCCUCAGUUUUCAAUACACUAGCUUGCACAGCGUGAUGGAAGUGAGCAAGGCGGACUAUACUGCCUGCAGUUCCUCCAAUGCCAUUCAAUCUUACACCGGUGGUAACACAGUGGUGUCCUUGAAAACUGCAGGUACCAUGUACUUCAUUUGUGGAACUCCCGGUCACUGUGCAGGAGGAAUGAAGAUUGCUGUUCCGGUGACCGCCGCCGCCAGUACAACUCCCUCCACUACUCCAGCCGCCAAUAGCCCCCCCACCACCACCACUCCCUCUGGCACCACACCCACCACCACUUCUUCUACUUCUGACAGUGCACCAAUUCUGAAGAAUAUUGGGCUCUUUUCUGGAGCUGUUCUGGUUAUGGCGGCUGCAUUUGUCUUGUAAUUUAUUAGCCAGGAGAGAGACAGUGCGUUUCAGAUUUAUGUGGCUCGUGUGAUAUGGAUGGGUUCUGCUGCAGGGCAGCAGUUCUUUGGCCAAAUAAAUUAUGUGGCAUUUUGUGAUUUUAUAGAGCUUUGUAAUUUGUACUCUGAUUUUAUUGGAAUUUUAUAGAUGGUCUGCACACAGUUAUUGAUUGUGUUUAUUA